AUGGGACAGCAAAUUUCGCGGAAUAAUAGCGCUCCCGGCGGCGAUUCGGACGCCCACACCACACGCUCCAGCGCAUCACAAAAGUCUGGCUUCCUGCAUUCCACAGCUGUUUCGUCCCCACGCAAAUGGCGCAAACUGGCAGGGUUGCUCAGACGAAGGCGGAGCCCUGAAACACUAUCUGAGCCGAGCCGAAUGGUGAGCAGAAGUCUUCUGUCGCCGGCCCAGUCGUCUGUGGAUGCGCUGCGCAGCGUUUCGUCCAACCUCAACGCAUCUAGCGGCUCUGUGGCCGAGUCUCCCGAGGAGCCAGAACAGAGCGAGUUACUGACGUCUCAAUUUAGAUCACUGUCGAGUUUGCUCGAAACAGUCACCAUGAGCACUCUGAGACGUCUCAUCAACGUCAAUGUCGACUACGUGGGCGAAAGAAUAUAUCCAGAGGACAACCUGGACGGAAGCAUGGACACCGACUUCGCCAGCUUCGUUCAUAGCCUGACCAGCGAAGACCUUUUGCAGCAUGCUCUUGGAUACCAGAUGGACCUCGGCCGCACUUUGAGCUUCUUUAGAGCGUUCAGGGCUCAAUGUUCCUCAAGCACAAUCGGAACAAUACCGCUCGUGGGUGAUCAUUGUGAUGGCUCACCACUACUCGGCCUCAGACCCGGUUCUCAGCUCCAUGGCCAUGUUCAUAGGCCUUCUUGCCAGCUACGUGGCCAGCACCAGCAACACGACCCUGGCGCAGCACGAGGACAACUCAGACACGCGGAUCAGCACGUUCAGAGACUCGCUGUAUCGGAUUUUCCGCGGAAACAAGCUCUCGCAAUCGGUUCUGGACGACCACACCGAGUCGGUCUUCGACAUACAAGAUACGCUCGACAGGUGUCCGAUAUGUCUGGUAGAUUACGAAAAAGGCGAGCAGGGCCGCCGUUUACAGUGCACACACGAAUUCCACAAAACAUGUGUCGACCAGUGGCUUCUGACAGACAAUAG